GAAACAAAGUUGAUAAACCAGGGUACUGUAACCUGGAGACCCAGUCUAAAAGUGGGGUGAAUCACAGGAUUCCAACCCGAGAGACAGAGUUUCCUGAGAAUGAAGAUUUUGACACUGUUUAAUUUCAUCCUUGCAAAUUGUUUAAUAAUGGCCAUUGGUAACUCGACUCUACAGAGUUGUUUUCAAGAGCAGCUGAGGCUCAAGGCCCAGGUGAGACUUCUGGAGUAUCGUGUGAAACAACAGCAGGUAAAAAUUGUGCGGAUCUUACAGGAGAAGGAGAUUCAAUACCGUGACAGUGGAGAUGAAAACAGUGUUAUUGACCUGGGAGAAAAAAGACAAUACGCAGCAGAUUGUGCAGAGAUCUACAACGAUGGACAUAAACGCAGUGGAUUUUACAAGAUGAAACCUCUCCAGAGUCCUAGUGAGUUCCUUGCCUACUGUGACAUGUCAGAAGGGGGAGGCUGGACUGUUUUUCAGAGACGUUCUGAUGGCAGCCAGAAAUUUGAUAGAGUCUGGGCUGACUAUGAACAAGGUUUUGGAAAUUUUGUUUUGAGAAAUGGUGAAUACUGGCUUGGAAAUAAAAAUCUUCACUAUCUCACCAAUCAAGGAAACUACACCCUAAGAAUCGAUCUCUCUGAUUUCGAAGGAGAGCGGCGAUAUGCGCAAUAUAAAAGCUUCAGAGUUGCUGAUGAAGAGAGCUCAUACCAGCUGAGCUGCGGAGAAUACUCUGGCACAGCUGGUGAUUCCCUUACUGGGGGGUUUCACCCUGAAGUGAAAUGGUGGGCUGAUCACCGAGGAAUGAAAUUUAGUACACAAGACAGAGACAAUGACAACUAUGAAGGGAACUGUGCUGAGGAGGACACAGCUGGCUGGUGGUUUAACAGGUGUCACACUUCCAACCUGAACGGUGUGUACUACAAAGGACCUUAUACAGCAAAGACAGACAAUGGAAUUGUUUGGUACACAUGGCAUGGGUGGUGGUAUUCACUGAAAUCUGUUGUCAUGAAGGUCAGACCAGCAGACUUUGAACCCAAUGUUGUUUAAAUAUCUAGUUAAUAUAAUUCAUCCAGUUAAUCUCUGAGCAAAUCCACCCAAAUUAAGCCAGAUGGGCAGAUUUCUCCCUCCACCCUCCCUCCACCGCCUCAUUUACUCCUGUAUAAAUCUGGAGUAACUUCAUUAAAAUCAGUGGUUUUAUAUGGGUAUAAAUGAGAAUAGAAUCUGGCCUUAAGCCUGGAGAUACAAAUAAUGUGUACAGGAUUGCUAAAGAGACUGGACAAAGUGCACACAGGGUUUAUGGCAACUUUCACCCAUGUAGAAUACUUAGCUGUAGAUCUCUAGAAGCAGGGGGAACUUCCACUUGACUGACAGGCAUAAUGUGGGCCAGGACUUCCCCAAAAGCGAGUGGCAUUGGUCAGGAAGGAGGAGUGCACUGCUAUUGUAGCUUCUGCUGGUGAGGCUUCUUUGGAAUCAAAAGUGGAAUUCAAAGCAGCCUACAAUGCCAGAACCUCUGAGGAAGGACAGCAGUGGGAACAUCACCUUCCAUUCCUAGGACACAAGAGACUAGGCUGGUAUACAGGUGCAAUUUGUACCUUCUGGGGAAUGGAGUACAGGAAGAUUGCCAACUUGGCCCACACUAUUUUGGACUUUUUUCAUUUGGAAACCAUUUCUAUCUAAAUCUAUGCACAAUACAUAGGAUUUAAUGGAAAAAUUACAAAAUAGAUUCACUAUAUUGUCUUAAAAAGCAAUGUGAAUAUAUAUAACACAUAAAAACAACAUUAAAAGAAUGUUACAGGCACCUCAGUUAGUGCACGGAAUGGAUUGUUUCUGGGAAUUAAUCCUGGUUGUGCAGAAUGAAGGUGUUGUCUGUAGGAUCCCUGUGUCAUUUGUUGCAGAAGUUGGAUGAUGUGUAGUGAAUGAGGCAAAAGCCUGAAGGAAGAGAAAAGAGGGUCUUGUGGUUAAGGCACUUUAGUGCUGCCCUAGAAAGUUGGGUUCUAUCCUUGCCUUUUCUAUAUAGUUCCUAUGUGAUGUGGGCAAGUCACUUAAACCAAACUUUUCACGGAUGGCCACUAAUUGUGGGUUCCUCAUUUUCUGGGUGCCUGAUUUGAGCACUCACAGCUGCAACUGAAGUCAAUGGGAGCUGUGCUUUGAACAUACAGAGUGCUAUACAACUCAAAGUACUCUGAAAAAUCAGGUCCUAGUUGUUUCAAAUUGAGCACCCAAAGUUAAUGGUGAUGGAGCAAUUUGUAUACUGGGAGUGCUGAGAGCCGUUGAACCAAACUGUAAACUUUGUAUGUGAUGAAAACCAUUUAAAAUGAUGCUGUACCCCCAGCACCUUUAGUUCCAGCACCUAUGAGUGGACAUGCUGUACACUGAAUGGGGCAGGGGUCCAGUGGAAAAUAUCAUGUAUGAUCCUGUAGUUAAAGACUACAUCAUAAUAUAUACGCACAGGGGAGCUAAAUUAAGGUUAUACGGGCAACUUUAAUUCUGGCAUUUCCUAACUUUUGAGUGCUUACUUUAGCAAACUCAACAUUCUUUUAAUGUAGUUUUUGUAUGUGUAAUUUUAAGGAAAAGCUGCAACCCUCCUCCAGCAUUUCCAUCAUGACACCCAGCACCUUUAGAUCCACAGCACAGACUUCUGCCACUUGAGCUCAUGGAGUAACUCAUCGUAGCAGUAGAUUAUCUUCUACGUGAACUAGUGACUAGAGGGGGAAUGGAACACUCCCUUUUCCAGAGGGUUUCACAGAUAUUUGCAGACAGCAGAGGAAUUGUGAGACUUAGGAAUCUUGACUUUCAGUCUAGAUUCUGAAGUAUAACAUGCUUUACAGGUAACAGACCCUUGUGACCCCCCUCACCUCAACAAGACUGCCCCCUUUUGCCACUUGUCCCUUUAGCCUUUUCUGUUUCCAGCCCUGGCUCUCCCCCUCCACGCAGAUCCUUUCCUAGCUAGUCCCAGUCUAGAUCUUCCCAGAAUCCUCGCUCCACUCCCACUGUCCUUGCCCAGUCACAUCCAGGCUCCCCAUCCAAGGCACAGUCUUCCCCUAACCCAGACUCCUUGUCCCAGUUUCUUUGCUAGUCAGUCUCAAUUACCCUCCCCCGCCCCCGGCUCCUCAUCCAAUCACAAAAUAGCAUCCCUCCCUUCCCCUCCCCCUGGCUUCCACUCCAAGUCUCUUUGCCCAGCCAGUCCCAGUUUCCGCCACCAGGGUCCUUGUUCCAUUCUACUCUUUCUUGUGUCCCCAAUCUGGCUCUUGUCCCUUCAGCAUUCAAGUGGGGAAAUUUCUUUCCCCACACUGCCUGAGGGCCUGCAGGGGAGUGCUCAUGAGUACAGGAAAGCCUUUCUGCUCUCAGUCCUGAUGUUGAUCCUCACAGCCAGCCACAGCAGCCAGAAGCAGCAAUUUCAGGGAAAGUUCUGCUCUGCCCCUGUAGCCCUGAAAUGGAGUGUGCCCAAGGCAAACCAAGUCAUUAGAGAACUGAUGCUGCAAAAGUCUCUGCUGAGCAUGUGUAAACUGAGACGUUUCAAAAGCUUAUAAUUUGGCCAGUUUUGGGUGUUUUUUUUUCCAAGGAAAAGCAAAAGAUAUAUCCCUGGCUUGUAUUUUUCAAGUUCCUAUUCCAAAGCAUAGAGAUACCAGAGCUUUUCAACUGAACAGCUGUAAGAAUUUUGUUUAACAUGAGCAAUGUGUUUUUCCCUAAUCUCAUUCUAGGAAAUGGCUAAACUGUUUUUGUUGAAACUUCCCCCUCACCCUUCUCCCUUAAAAAAAAAAAAGGUUAGCAUCAGGCAGAUAUCUAACAUAGAAAGUUUCAGCCCAACAGUUGAAGUUUGGCAAAGUUGUAACUAGCAGAAAACAAGAUCUUAUAAUGGAAAGUAUCUAGUAAUUAGAGGUGUCAUUACCAUCUCCACCUAUCAUACAGGGCUGAUGCUGAAGCCACUUUUCAUGCAGAACUCCUGUUGCCUCCAAAGUGUUACUGACUGGCUACAGAAUCAAGCCAUAGCAGAGGUGUUAGUAUAGUCAGAACUUUUUUUAAAAGAAGCUUAAUUAGAUAUGUUCUUUAGAAUCAAUAUUGUAUCUAUCUCUCUAGUCUGUUCUGAAGCUCUGUUCUAGCCAGUUCUGUUUAGGUCCUUAUAUCAUGCCCAUCACCUGAGCAUUUUUGUUCUGUCAUCACAUUCAACGUAGCUCGGACUUUAAGCUAGUCAGCUAUAUAUCGCAGCUGCAUCAUGUACAGUAAGCAAAUUCUGUAAUAUCACAUCUAGUUUGUCACAUUUCAUUCACUGGGGACAUAGGAAUAGAAGAGGUGGAAUUCAUAUGGGAUUUAGAAAAAGCCAGUAUGGGUAGAUGUGGCCAAUAUGAUUUUUCCCAUAUUCUCCUCCAAAAUAAAUGAAAGUUGACUCUAGGUCAGCAUUUCUCAAAUGCGGCCACCAGGGGCUUUUCUUUCAGCCACAACCUCCUGGACAGUGAUUGGGGGGCAAAGCAACUGCCCCCUUCCCUUCCCUGUUGCUCCUGGAUGUGUCAGCUUGGUGUUGGUGGCUGGGGCUGCCAACAGGGGUUGGGCCCUGCCCUCCUCUGGAGACAGCUGGGGCACAACCUUGGAGGAGCAGGCGGCCUGUGAAUUUUCAACCUUCCUGGAGGUGGUAGGACUCGGGCUUCAGCCCUGGGAUGGCGGGGUAAGCACCAGAAGAUUUACUAGCUAGCAAAAAAUAAAUUAAAAUGAUUUUGAUGUGCAUAUGUGCAUAUUUAUUUGUUUUUCCUUAAGUUAAUUAAGUAUUUUAGGAAAAAUUGUCAGAGCAGCCACCAGCACUCUGAGGCAGCCAAAAAAUUUGUCAUGAGAACCCCUGCUCUAGGUUAUUCUCAUUUUACACCCUAGGAUAGCAGAGGGAUUCUAUCUUUUCUCACAAUCGAUAUAUCUAAACGUAAAGUACUAAAAGUCUGACUUGCUUUUUCCAGCAAACUCCUCAUUUCAGGUUCAGUAGCAGAAAAGCUAUUUGACGGAGAACUGGUCCUGACAAGUGCAGUCCAGAAAGUAGUUAGGGUCAUCCAAGGAGGUGGCGGAACUUGGACACUUGAAGAUGCAUUGAUUUAGCAACAGCAGCUUCUACUGGUAGGGUGAUGGAAUGUGUGACAGGGAAGGGGAAGACCAUGGAGAUGAAGAGCAGAAUGUUUAUAUGGUUGAUAGUUGAUUCAUAUGGCAUCAAGAUAAAAAUUUUUUAAAAUUCUUAAUUUAAAGAAACUAAUAGAAAACCUCAUAUAUCCUUAUGCAAGUAUGAAUCAAAGCACAGAUCUGAAUGCAAACAUUCUGCCCAACUCCAAAAGAAAAAAAAGGGCCAGGCCCUGCCCUUUUCAUUCCCCAACCACAAAACAGAUGUUCUUAUAGACUUUAGCCAUGAUCAUGUAGUCUGAUCUCCUGCAUGUGACAGGCCAUAGACCCACAUCCACCCACUCCUGCAAUAGGCCUAUGA